AUUUGUUAUUAAUGUUUAUUUUACGAUUUGUUUUAGCUAUUUACAUAAGAAACAGAUUCGACUGGUAACUCACACAUGUAGGUAAUGUUGUAAAUAACUCGUCACGAUGCAUUGCUGGUUGUUUUUCCUGUUCAAUUUGUUUUUAACGCACACUUUAUUGGAAUCUACUGACAAUGUCGGCGUGAAAAACCUAAUGAACGAGCCGCCUUGCAGAGAAGUGAGCGUAAUAUGCGGCAAUUUAAGCGACAACGACGAUCUGCUGGUGCUCGAAUGCCUGUUGAACUCGAAUCCGCAACAAGUGAACAAUCUAAAUUCCGAAUGCCAGACGAUCAUUUGGGAGCGAGUGAAGGACCUGAUAUCGUACAAAAAGGUCUACGAGCGACUGAAGCCCGUUUGCGGCCGAGAUUUGACGAGUUUCCAAUGCCCGAAAGACAAUUAUUUAAAGUGCCUGGCCAGCGACGGCGAGCUUAAAGACAAAGUGAGUAAUCUUUGCUAUAAAGCGGUCACCAGGCUGGAGAACAUCGCUUUCACUGAUUACAAAUGGAUCUACGAGUUCUUACGGGAAUGCGAGAACGAUAUAAAAACCUUACAUUGCGGUGUAAUCGAUGCGGAUAAUUUCUCGAAUCUAAAAGUAGUAAUGUGCCUACAAAACAACAUACUAAACGUAGGCUCGAGUUGCAAGAAGGAAAUCUUCCAUUUAGCGGAAUUGCAGUCUGUUAACAUCAAAUGGGACGCCCAGCUGAACGUGGACUGUCGCGAGGAUUACCAAAGAUACUGCAACGAUUACGUGCAAGGUUCAGGCCGGGUGUUCCCCUGCUUGAUGAAGAUUCUAAACACCGAAGAAUCGAAGAUAACCACCAAGUGUCGGCAGCACCUCAAACGCAGAGAGAAAUUAAUAUCGCAGGAUUUCAAAAUCAGCAAAGGGUUAUUAAAAGCCUGCAAGGAGGACAUAAAACGAACGUCCUGCAGGCAGAAAGUGUCCAGCGAGAAAACCGUCCGGCUGGCGCAAAUUCUGUUGUGUUUAGAGGACUUCGAGCGCCGCAGGAGCGCCGACGUCGUCGAACUCAAUCCGGAGUGCCAGGACGAGAUAAUCGUGCACAGGAAAAUGCUAUUAAACGACUACAAUCUAUCGCCCGAGGUGGUGUUUAAUUGCAAAAACGAAACAACACUCUACUGCCAAAGCUUCAGCUUCGGCGGUAAAACUCUGCACUGCCUGAUGGGACAUGCUCUAAACACCGGCGGGGGCGCCACCAAACUCGGAGCCACCUGCUUGAGAGCCUUGGAGGAUUUGAUGCACGAGACCGAUCCGGCCGAGAACUGGAACGUCGAUCCGGUGCUACGCCAAUCGUGCGAUCCGGUGGUGAAAAUCGCCUGUAACCGCGUGACCGGAGGCAACGGAAGGGUCAUCUCCUGUCUUAUGGACAACAUACGAUCGGACGUGAUGACCAUCGAAUGCGAAAACGCCCUGCUGGAGAUCCAGUACUUCGUCGCCAGGGACUUCGAGCUCGAUCCGCAGCUCUACAAAGCUUGCAACAAAGACGCGCGGAAAUACUGUCACUUCGACUCGGACACGCCGGGACCGAGCUAUUCCAGCCAAGUCCUACCGUGUUUAUACAGACAUUCCGGUGUGGCCGAUGAUAAAAUAGACAAGCAAUGUUUCGAGGAGAUCCUGCGGGUGAUGAGGCAACGGGCCAUUAGCGUGAACCUUCAGCCGCAAAUCGAGGAGGCCUGCGUACAGGACUUGGGCUACUAUUGCAGGGAUAAGAUCAAGAAGGGCGAGGAGAUGCAAUGUUUGCAGGACAAUUUGGAGAAUCUCGACGAAAAGUGCCAGGUGGCCGUCGACGAUUUCACCGAAAUGGAGGCGCAACGGGUCGAAUUGAACCCGUACUUAUCGAAAUAUUGCGCUAAAAUCAUACAGAAUUUGUGCGCCAACGACGACGACGUCGUGGAAUGUCUAAUAGAAAACAAGAACCACGUUCAAGUGAAAUCGGCGCCGAACUGUCGGGCGAGCAUCGAACACUUCCAAAUUGUAUCUUUAAAAGACUACAAGUUCACGUUCAAAUUCAAGCAGGCCUGCAAACCGUACGUGAUAAAACUAUGCGGUCGCGCAGCCACCAAAAGCGCCAUCAUCGAAUGCCUCAGCGAGCAAAUCCUCAACGCCACAGUGCACGGCUUGAAGAGCGGCGUACCGAAGGAAUGCAGGCAACAACUGAAGGCCCAGCUGUUCCAGCAACGCGAGAAAAUCGACUACAACCCGUCGUUGAAACGCGCCUGCGCCGCCGACAUCGAUAAGUUUUGCAAAAACGUACCGGUAGGCAACGCUCAGAUACUCGAGUGCCUGCAAAUGGUGCAACGGGACUCGCUGAGCCCCUCCUGCGCGCCGGAGAUCUUCAAAGCGCAGAAACUCCAAGCGUUCGACAACAGCAUCGACUACGCGCUGUUGAGCAACUGCGACGCCGCCAUCGAUCUGUUCUGUCCGCACCACGAGAGGGAAUCGGUGUUCGAGUGCCUGAAGGCCAACAUGGACGAAAAAGGUUUCAACAAAAAGUGCCGGCAAAUCGUCGUGCAUCGCCUGAUGGAGCGCAACACGAACUACCAGUUGAACCCGUCGUUGCAGAAGAACUGCGCCUUGGACAUGAAUAAAUUCUGCAAGAGGGAGUUGAAGACGGCGGAUAGGAAGCCGGAGGAUUCGAUAAUCAAGUGCUUGAAGAACCAGUUCAAAUUGUCGAAGUUGUCGACGAAGUGCGAGCAGGAGAUGGCCGAGAUACUGCGCGAGCGAGCUCUGGACGUCAACAUGGAUCCCCUGUUGAGGGUGAUGUGCAAACAAGAACUGGAAACGAUAUGUAAAUCCGACGAGGAUGUAAAUUCCGGACGGACGGUGGAAUGUCUCAAGAACGCCUUCCUCAACCGACAGAUCACAGCGGCGGAGUGCAAGGUGGAGGUGGCCGGUUUGAUCGAGGGCUCCGAGGCGGACAUCCAGGCGGAUCCGCUGCUGCAGCGGGCGUGCGCCAUGGACUUGCUCACCCACUGCAAGGACGUGGAGCAAGGUAACGGCAGGAAAAUCGGUUGCUUGAAGACUGUGAUGGCCGCCGAUCGGGAGAUGUCGCCCGAGUGCAAGUCGAAGCUGCGCGAACGGUUGGAGAUGUACAAAAACGCCGCGCAAGUGGUGGAAGUGCCGGCGGAUUUCCAGGACCUCUAUCGCACGGUGUCUCUAUCGCCGUCUAAAAACUACUUCGUAAUAGUCAUAUUUAUGAUAUUAGGUACCAUAUUCUUCGUGGGGGCGUUCUGCGGGCGGUUCUCCAAGAGGAAGUACAGGCUGUUGAAGAAUAAGUGACGAUUGAGGAAAGUUAGGCGGUUAAGUGAUUACGUUAUGUUGUAAGAUUCAAACGAGCCAAAUUUUUAGGAACAAUUUCGAGUGUUUUUUUUUAUAUGAUAUACGCAUUAUUGAUGUACAUCAAAUUUGUAGUCGUUAAUUUGUAUAUACGAUAAUAUCGCGGGUUCCUAAUGAUAGUGCCUAUUGAAGUAAAAUUGGUUGCCUAUCCAUCAGGCACAAAUGACCAAAAGUAUGCCUAUAAAGUCUCUAUACAAAGACGAGGUGAAAAGUUCUCGGUCUAGAAAUGAAACACAAAGAUUUUCAGUUGAAAUUUUGAAUUAAUUUUUCUUAUUUGAAUUUCUAUUGGCAGUUCUAAAUGAUUUUGGAGCGCUCUAAAUGGUUCUAGAUAAUUCUAAACAAGCUUUUAGACAGUUCUAAAUUAUUCUGGGGCGCUCUAGGUUGUUCUAAAUGAUUCUGGAUCGCUUUAAAUGGUUCUAGAUAAUUCCAAAUAUUUUUUAACAAGGUUUUAGACAGUUCUAAGUGAUUUUGGAGCGUUCUAAAUAGUUCUAGAACUAACUAUGAAUUUCCCAAAGAGGAAACAAAAGUUUCAGCCGAUUAGAGCGCCCUCAGUGUAUCAGGUCGAGAACUUUUGACCCUACCCUCGUAUUAUUGAGUAAAAAAAAUUGGUACUAUCAUUAGGAACCGCCUCGCACGUGCCAUGCGGUGAAUUUUGUGCGAAAUUGAAGCUAUUUUUACACGAAAAUUCGCAAAAUAACACAAAAAUAAGAUAAACUCGUAAAUGUUAUAAGACAAUUUUAUUUAGCACGUUAUCCUUUUUAGCGGAGAACACGCAUUAUUUACAUCGGUCAUUCUAAAAUCAUCUGUGCUUCAACAUACAAAAUUUCGAACCGAAAUAUCUUUUAUAUACAGAGCGUGAGUUGUGUUUGUGCGGCCUCGAACCUCUCGGGGCGGUUUAAAGCGUUUAAAAUUGACAUUCGAAAUGUUAUAUCUCUCUGCGUAUAUUUAUAUAUUUUUAUUUAAAAAAAGGACGGUAAACUUAAGCGAGGACGGUGCAUCGUGCUGCGGCUUAUUCGUGUCGAAUCCUACGAUCCUUUACAAAAAUCAAAAGCUACUUUUAACAAGUAAUUGUUAUAAGAAACGAGAUAUCUCUUACACAACGAUGAAUCGAUGCUGUUAUAAAACAGCAGCACUAAAAUAUGUUUUAUAAUCGCUACACUAUUAAAUUCAAUUAGUAUAUUUUUACACGAAUCCGAUUAAAGUAAAACGUGAUUAUUCCAGUGGAAAAUCUUUGGCAACAUUUUAUAUUCGACUAGUAUAAUUUAAUCUAAAAAAUCCAGCAACGUAUUAUCUACAUAUCCGGAAACCUAUAGUAUCUUUCCGUAACAUUCAACAACAUGUAAUAAAAUUUAAUACAAAAAACACCAGAUUAAUCUCGUAGCGAGCGAGUGUAAAAUUCUUAAAAACGUGUAGAUUAAUUCCUGUAAUUAAGUAAUAAAAAAAUGAGAUAACUACGUAUAAUAAAUCCAAUAAUUAACCAGAACUUUUUUGUUGGUUAAUCGUAUUCGAGUCUUCACCUUCCCUUCCAAUUCAGUUGCAUUCGCUUCUACCGCGCGAAAUGUGAAGACCUCGCAGAAACCAGAAAAAUUCGUUGAUUUUUUUGUGCGACAAUACUACCAAAAUACAUCCGUAAAAACAUCAUUUAAACAGCGAUAUAACAAACGAAUUUCCUAACUACAUGCGGGUGUGUCGGGUAGAUUCCAGAAUAAACCUACUAACAUCCAACUCGAAUUCGGGGGAGAAUUCACCCCAAGACCCUGCUGAAGAAAUUCGGAUAGAACGGCCUGCCGUGCGGCCUCGUCAACUGGCGUUGCCGGUUAGGCUUCGGGCGCUGCUCCUCCUCGUUCAAUCCCUCCGCGCCGACCUUGGUUUUCUCAGCGACUUCCUUCUGCACCGCCGGCUUCUCCCCCACCGGUUCGCUGUCGUUGUUCCUCGCCAGGUUCUCGUUCAACGCCUCGAUAUUCGGAUCGAUCCUCCUGGUGGCAUUCUCACCAUCACCACCGUCCAGCAGCUCCAGCUUGUUAUCCUCCACGUCGCGCUCGAUCACCUUCGGCGGUUCCUUCCUGAACGUGCGGUUCAAGUGCGGGGAUUUGUCGCCGACGAUGGGGAACACCUCCACCUCUUUGUUGAGGUCCUCCAUUUCGAUUUGGCGCUCCUUUUCGUCGAUGUCCCCGUCGAUUUUCGCCGGAUUUGGUUGCGUUUUAUCGGUCGGUUUGCGCUUCUUGGGAUCCGCGUUCUUGUAGACGUCUUUCUUCGACGUUUUCUUGGCGGUUUUGUUCGACAGCUUCGUCGACGGUUUGUUCUUCACGCCGUCUUCAUCCUCUUUGGGCAGCGCC